AAAUAGAUUGAAACAGCGCAGAUUUCAGUACGGGCGCACCUUUUGCGCUGGUUUUCCCCAUGCUGGGGAAGAUAUGGAAGCGAGUGGAAUUGGCCGGGGUUGGGGAAUGGGCAAGCAAACGGUGGUGGCGACUGCUGCUAUAGUACUGCUGCUGGCGCCGCUGGAGAAAAUAAUUUGGGCGUUUUUUUUGUGUCCACUGCCCGGUGGUAAGCGCCAAUAAGUUGAACUCCUUAACCGGCUGUUUGCCUUCAUUCUGCCGUGUCAACAUUAUCGCAUCGCCACGACAACACAACAGACCAUCAUCAUCGUAGAGAUUAUGUCUGCUGUUGUUGUUGCUGGUCGUACCGCUUGUUCGUGGCGGUGCUGGUGCCGCUAUGGGAAAGGUAGGAAAGGGUCAGCGCCAUGACGGUGCGGCUGACGAAACGGCCCUCGCAUCUGCGCGCUGACGACACGGCGCACGCCGUGACUAGCUAAGUAGCUAAACGUAGCUUAGCGCUAAACGAUGAGCGUUAGCUAGUCGGCCAGCUGGGUAGUCAGGGCAGAUGAGCAGAUGUAUUGACCAACGUCGGACCGUAGCCUUAAGCCAGCACAGGACAGAAUAGGCAAAGGUAGAAGGUAACAUAGACAGGAGGAGACGUAAGGGGACUGGAGGCGAACGGAAAGCCGACAACGACGAAAACGACAGUGACCAGCUGAGCGCCAGCCCCCGCCGCUCCCGCCACCGACGAAUGAGAAUGAGCCAUCGCUACUGCUGUUGUUGCUGCUGCUGCUGCCGCCGCCGCCGCCGCCGCCGCCGCCAGAACGGCGUGAUUCCAAAAUGGCGCUUCUCCUGUUAUAAUAAUAAUAAUAAUAGUAAGUGAAUCGACUAGCUGACUAGCUAGCUAAUAGGCUGCAAACCAACCUAAUGGAGGUAGUAGCAGUCACACGGAAAUGUAGUCGCAGCGCACUAAUAUACUUUUUGUAUUAUAGAACUCGUAGCAGCAGCAGCAGCGUCCGUCGCAGUCGUCGUUGCUGUGGAAGUGGAAGUGGUCGUAACAGCCACUCUUGCCACCAGCCAUUGGCAGCGGUUGCCACCACCACCGCUGGCUCAAGCCUUAGCUAAUGGUAACAGGCCAACACUGAGCGGGCAAAGGCAGGGAGACUACAGUUCCAGAAACAGUACUUCGCAGUAACAGCAGCUUUACUGCCCGCGCUAGUACAAGUGGUGCCAGUCAUUGUCGCCGCGGGAACAGCGACACCCGCAGCAGUGGCAGCAGCAGUAGCAGCAGCAGCGUCACGGCAGCAGCGACAUCAGUCAACGUACAGAAAAGAAAGAAAAAAAAGGAACGACGCACGCGAGUGAACAAAGAAAAACACUCCCACGUUAUCAUACAACUGAAAGCGAAUCAACUGACGAAAUCAAUAGGACAAAAGUUGUAGUGUGGAAGAGACGAACUUAGAGAUUGCCGGUGCCAUCGAGGCCUCCGCGACGGCUGUGGGGUCGACGCGCCAAGCACCAUUACAUGAAAAUGUGCAGUGCAAUAGAACAAUCUAAUGGUCACAACAAGUUUGCGCAAGACACGCCAAACUCGUGAAGAUAGCGAACGUACUAAGACGAUAAACUGUAACGAACGAUGGCUAUUUCGUGAAGAAGUAAAAAUGAACCAUGCGCAGACGGAAGAACGAAAAUAGCUGGAAACGACCAGUCGACGGUGCGGGAAGCAAUGUUUUGAUACGGCUAUUUGUUGAUUAGAACUUUUAUGUUCGCGUCUGGAUAAUAAUCGUUCGAUUGUGAUGUAGUUCAACAGUAGAGGCCGUAGGGGUAAUAAAUUGUAUGAUAUUAGCGUUGAUUCAAUGGCUGUCGCUACUGCAUCGUCGCUCGUUGUCCGUCUACAGCCAGUGUCUACUUUGUGUACAAUUAACUGUCUGCAACUUGCGUGCAUUGCACGUAUCGAAUGUUAAGUUCGAAUGAUGAUCGAUGAUUGGCACAAGUGGGUGAGACCAACUGCAACAACAUUAGUGACAAACAACGACGAGCGUUCGUGAAUGCUUUCCGCUCUUGCUUGGCGACGCAAACAACCAACCUGCCGUCUGCAUGUUUAUCUACUUCUCUGUUCGAUGCUUCUGGAGUGCCAAGUCGUGGUGGCGAUUAGCAGCCACUGUUACCUGACGUUGCUGCCGAGUCGCUGAGACCGUGUCCAAGGCGCAGCGAGACGCGGACAAGUGUUGAGUAACCAAACGGCGGCGAUUAAUAGAACCGCUGAGUGCUUACAGCCUAAUGAAAAUGCUACGCUCAGUUUAAAGUCGAUAAAAUUCUGGUUGUCUUCGUCUCGUUACUGUUCAUGCCGCCGUCGUAAUUGUUGUUGUGCUUGUGCUUGUUGUUGUCAUUGUUUUUGUUGCUGUUUUUAGAGAUAGCGAAGCGCAUGUGAAUGAAGUUUAAUAGAACGUCGUAUAUUGUGGGCCGCACUCGCAAACAGGCAGGUUAAGCUAAAUAAUGUGGAUGUCCUACUUGGCGCUUUUGUCAUCGUUGUUAUUGUCAUUUAGUGAAAUAUUCGUGUAAUCUGCGCAUUGUCGCGUUUGCCUUCCUUUUUGUUUCGGAUAACUCUUUACGAGAGAUACACCUGGCGUAGAAGACAGCAAUAUAAUCAGCGAAUAACACAUUUAGAAGUAGAAUUUAGAAGCCAGUGUCACUAGUGAGUUUUCCUGAUUGUUCGAUUCUGGAAAAAUACAAAACGAUAUCUCGACGUAACAACGUCAACAAGAACAAAUGCUUUUUUCUUCGCUCGUCGUCAUCAUCAUAAUCACCACCAGUAGCAGGAUCAGCAUCAUCACUCGAAACUUCGCGGGUUUCACCGAAGGGUGAGUCGAUCGUCUCCGACGAUCAAGCUGAAGUCAGUUAUGGCCACGGUAAGGAUUCUACUAUGGGCUCGUGUUCCUCAUCACUCAUCUUGUUCAGCAGGCUGUACCGGUGUUUUUUUACGUUGCUGUCGUUAUUGCGCGAAUCUCACUAGAUCCUCCAACUAGCCUAUCUAUUCUUGCUUCGUAACUGCUACUACCAUAGCUACUGCUAUCACUGGUAUAUACCGGGUAUUUGAACACGCACUCGUCCCCUUUCCUUGCUUCUGUCGCCUGUAUGUGCGUGUAUGUGUGUCCUCGCUUGAUAUCCAUAUAUCCAGCUGCGCAUUCGCGAUCGCUACGUCGUGAGACAGACGCCGAACGAGAAAUGCUCUGGCCUGCACGAACACUGGCCAGUCAUCCAGCCAGCCAGACCAAGGGGACCAGCAACCCUAGGAUAAGGAACGAGCGCCGCAGCAAUGGCGAGCAACAGCAAAGGGAAAAGAAAGGAUGGAGAGAGAGUCCUGUGGGGCUGUAGGUUGUUUGGUCGCUUGGUCGUUCGUUCAGCCCGUCCGUGGGCUGACAGCAGCGACAAAAGCAGAGAUACCUAAACGUUCUGGGGGUUCCUAUGGAUGGGGCUUUGAGCUUCUAGGGAGUUCCAAUGGAGCGCGAACUUCAAAGGCGGUGGCUCGAUAGAGCGACUUGGGAGAGGGUAGGGCGAUAGAGUUUAGGUUCGAGUUGGAGUGGUUCGCAAGCAAGCGCGGGCAGGCGUUUGAGCAGGUGAACGGGAGCCUGUCUAAGGGCCCACGGCCUUAGGCCAAUAGUGGGAAAGAGUAGCAGGCCAGCGAGGGUGGGGCGCGAGGACCGCAAGUGACUGUGGAAAACAGCCACCAUCAGCCAGAGGCUGCAGGUUCUGGAUAAUACUGAUGCCAUUGCUAGCGCCGCAACAGCAGCCUUUGACACUGAUGACGGUGAUGGUGACAGCAACAAAAACAACAACAACGAUAAUAACAACAACCGCGUCACCGUCAUCUCCGCGGUUGCCGCCGCCGCCGCCGCCGCCGCCGCUGUCGUCUUCGUGAACGUCCAACGAGUGAGCAGGCGGCUGUGAGAGCGAGGAGUGACCCAACUGGUUUCGGUUUCUUAUUCCCCUCCCUGGCGCCCUGCGCGAGAGAGACAGCAUCGCAAUCACCACCUCCACCCUGUUCGCUGGCUGCAGAUAGCCGUAGCAGAAGUGCGUAGGAUAACAGUUGCAGCAGUAGCAGCAGCAACAGCACGGCGGGUUCUUGUUGCACGUACAGACAUGACGACAACCACUAAUGUUGCUAUACAAUACUAUAGUGUAACAGUGUAGUGUGCAAUUCCUCCACUGGCCCCCGUAACCCCCGACCCCUAUUCAGCUCUGUACCUCCUCGAGCGCGCAGGCAAAACCUCCUAACUGAAAUACUAUUUCCACUACAGCUGUUGUACUACCACAAGUUCGCUUACUAGCCGAAAGCAGUAUCAGUCAGAACGAGUUGUCUUUGAAACGAAUGACUGCCACAUUCAUUGCUAAUUUGCGCGUGCCGUUGACCGCAGCUGCAUUUCAUAUGCCUGAGAACCAUUCUUGGUAGAUUUCACAACGUUCGUGUUUGCUGCUAAGAUCGCUCUCGCUUCAGCCGCCGAGGAGAUAACUGUUCGCCUUCUGUUAGAAUCGAUUGUUAUAUUACUGUGCUUUACCCGUUGCUGCUGGUGCUGCCGCUGUUAUUGCCGCUGCUCCGAAGAAUUAUCCGACCGACACAACAAAACAACGUCGUGCGUGGUGCUGGGGUGUAGUGUGUGGUUUGCUGUUUAUGUUAUUGUGAGAGUGGUGAGGAGCUGCUCAGAGGUCCAAGAGAAAGCCACAGCCGAGCUCGGUCUGGCACAGGCGAUCGGCGUAGAGUGGAGUAGUGUCGUUUGUGCUUCGUGUGUGUUCAUCCAUUCAUCAUUUGAUUAGUCUUAUUAUAUUCGAUCGUGUGUGUCCACCCAUCCCCAGUUCCGUAGCCGAGGUGUUGGCGUGUUUAAAUCAACGAAAGCCUUUCCUUGCUAUCUUCCCUUGUAGAAUCUACGCUGCUGUAACCGGUACGCAGUCUAAAGCAACUUGCUUCUAUCUAAGCGGGACAGGACAGAUAUUGUUGGUGUUGCGCGCGCGACAACACGUACGCAUCACAGUGUAGCAGUAGCGGCUUGAAGCUGAGUCAAUGCUCUAAGAUAGAAGGAUAGAUUCCGAUCAUCAGCCAGGAGCUUCAGGAGAAGACGAAGAAGCUAGAAGCAGAAGAAGUAGCAGCGGCGGCACAGAAACAGAAAACACCGUGGAUAACGACGGUCCAGAGUGGUCCACUGGGAUCACUUCUGGCUCCGAAGUGAGGAUGUGGAGUGAAGAUAAGGAGCAGGCUCCUGUCAACGGGUCCACUCAACUGGACUCGCAGUACGGACGGUCUCCGUCCCCUUUCUUCGAUAAGCUGGACUACGACACGAACUCGUCUUCGGGGGGCGGCGCGGGCUCAGUGACAUCUGCCAUUAAUACGCUGUUUGGUUUCACCUCACCCCAUGUCAAGAAGCUGCUCGGAUGGAAGCAGGGGGACGAGGAGGAGAAAUGGGCUGAAAAAGCUGUUGACUCACUGGUGAAAAAGUUGAAAAAGCGUAAAGGCGCAAUCGAGGACCUGGAAAAAGCGCUAGCAUGUCCGGGUCAGCCGUCGAAAUGCGUCACGAUCCCACGUUCACUCGAUGGUCGCCUCCAGGUCUCACAUCGGAAAGGCCUUCCACAUGUUAUCUACUGCCGAGUGUGGCGUUGGCCCGAUUUGCAGUCGCACCACGAGCUCAAACCAUUGGAUAUAUGCCAGUACCCAUUCAGCGCAAAACAGAAGGACGUCUGCAUAAAUCCCCAUCACUACCGACGUGUGGAAUCUCCAGUCCUUCCGCCAGUCCUGGUUCCACGACAUUCGGAAUAUCCACCAGGCCACACAGGUCUACUGGGUCCUCCGCCUGCACCGUUCCGACCCAUGCCGGAACCGGCAAUGCCUCACAACGUUGCAUUUACUCCCCAUGGGUUCGUUCAGCAGUCGCUUCAUAACCAGACGGUUCCAUCGCCUGGCACCGGCGCCCGAUCUCCCUCGUCUCUGCCUCCAUCCUCGCCGCACUCGAUGGGAAUCGCCGAGACACCUCCUCCAGCGUAUUCACCGCGAGCGCCUUCAUCCGAUACGGGCCAUGACGCGUUGCAUAACAAUACCAAUAACAAUAACAACAACCCCAAUAAUCCAAACAAUAACAAUAAUACAAAUGGCAGUCAUGGCCAGGACCAUAAUAGCAACAAUGGCCAACAUCAGCAGAUGGAUAUCGUAUCAGCGGGACAGCCAGCAAUAGCACCCGAAUCGGAAAUGCACGCCGUCGACUACCAGGAACCGCAGUACUGGUGUACAAUCGCGUACUAUGAAUUGAACUCGCGUGUUGGUGAGGCGUUCCACGCGCAGAGUCAUAACAUCGUAAUAGAUGGGUUCACCGAUCCAUCGAAUAACUCGCAUCGCUUUUGUCUCGGACUUCUAUCGAAUGUCAACCGAAACUCAACGAUUGAGAACACCCGACGCCACAUCGGUCGAGGGGUUAACCUCUACUACGUUAGCGGUGAGGUUUAUGCCGAAUGCCUAUCGGACUCGGCCAUUUUCGUACAGUCGCGAAACUGCAAUCAAGCGCAUGACUUCAAUCCGACCACCGUGGUGAAAAUCCCGCCCAAUUGUUCGUUAAAGAUUUUCAACAACAAAGACUUUGCAGCGCUGCUCUCAACGGCCGUAAACCACGGAUUCGAAGCGGUAUACGAGCUGACCAAGAUGUGCACUAUUCGAAUGUCAUUUGUCAAGGGCUGGGGUGCUGAAUAUCACCGACAAGACGUAACGUCGACACCAUGCUGGAUCGAGAUUCAUCUCUCAGGUCCUCUACAGUGGCUUGACCGCGUUCUUACGCAAAUGGGCUCACCACGUGGUGCCAUCACCUCUGUAUCAUAAAUGGGUUCCGCUAGCGAACAAUAGAACCUCAACAGGCCUCUAGGUUUUGGCAGCCACAUAGCCCACCUUUACCUAUGUACGACAGACAUUACGAUGGAGUAUCGAAUAACUUCUUCGAUAUAAGCAAACCAUAACGAUUCAGCCGUAUUCGACGGACCUCGAAGCCGGAAUAAGGUUGCAUUGUCUCGCAGCUUUUAAAAAUUCCCAAUCCUGAUGAAUUCAAUACUGAGCAUCCAAACAUGCCACAUCUCUAUUGUUGCGGAAGGCGUUUGCAUUGAUCAUGUCGAGUGCAGCGUCCCUGUAAUCUAUUCGCCAGUUAGCUCGGCAGUGAUGUUCUCUGUAUAAACGAUGAUUACGACGACGUAAAUGAUGACUCGAGCGUACGGGUUGAGGCUGCUGCGGGUAUGUCGUUUUAGAGCGUUUCUUGCUGCGAAAUCCGGUUGACGUUGCAGAUGGCAGAACUGUCCAUAAAAAAUUUACCUAUCAGCCGAAUUGUUUGCAGUGUACGUCUACACGAGAGGGACUAAAUAGAUUUCCGGUCUAAUAAGAUGAUCACGAAAAGCAGGUUUACGUUCUACGAGCAAUUUAUUAUAGUGACGACUACUACUACUACAAGGAUUAAGAGCUGCCAUAGUGCAAAGUGUCCAACCCCCACCAAACUACUGCGUCACAUAUCUCGGCUUGACAGCUCGCAACGUUCCCCACCCGUAUGUCGGAGUGAAUUGAUGUCCGCAGUACAUACCUAGAUACCCACGUAAAAAAAUGACUCGAUAAACUAACUGGGUGAACAAGACGUACUUGAAUGACGCCAUGGGCGCCGAAAAUAGAAGGCUCCGGUCAGCUGUGGUGCUUCUCCCAAGCUUCAACGGCCGUGGACCAAGUUGCCGGAUGAAGGCAAAUUGUGCUAGGAGCGACUGGUGUAUAUCUUUAUAAAUCGUGUGCUAAAGAGACUUCAGAUAACGAAAAAACUAACAAUAAUGCCUUACUAAUGGAGCGCGCCCAUGGCAGAACGGGAAAAAAAAUCGACAGAGAAGGAGAGAAAGAGUAAUAAUCAUAUUUAGUGAUAACAACAACAACAACAACAACAACAACAAUAAUGACGUGGUGAAUAGUAACAUCAGCAACAAUUACAAAUAACAAUAGCUAUGACUAUAACGAUAACAAUACUUCUAGUUAUAAUAAUAGUAUCGUAUUGAUGACGAUGUAUCUAAAAUGAUGUGCGAAGACCACACGAUCAAUAUCAUCAUUCAACGUUCGACACCUCUGCUCUGUUACGUUAACGCUGUACCAACAAGCGAACAACUUUUCUUCAAGUCUGAUUGAGAGUUUUUUUAUAGAAUUAAAUUUUUCAAUCGAAAGGUUGAAUUUAGUAGUAAAAGAAUUCUGUUCUCUGGUGGUAGUAACACUUGAGUUUGCGCUAGCUGAAAUGACGGCGACGGAAAGUUCGUCAGCUUCUAAAUAAAGGUUUGUAUUUCUGAAAGGGUGAACAAAUAACUCAAUUAUAACUAUUGAAUAAGUGAGAGAUCAUAACGGAAUGCUCUUCCAUUGCGAAAUCAAAGUCGAUUUCAGCCGAGAAAGGCCAUAAGCAGCCGUCAACAGAGCCACAGCAAGCAUUAUGUUUACGAUAAUGAUGAUGAUGAUGAUAAUGAUGCCAGUGACCGUAUAUAAAUAUAUACAACUAUGUAUUAUGACAUUAAGUUAAAUAAAUGGCGUAUAGAACAAAGAAGAAACAGAAUGACUGAAGUGUGGUCCCCUGGAGUAUACAUGAGCGUAUAUAUAUGUCCAAUGAGAUACAUCUGGUCCAAGAUCAAUAAUAAAUAAUUAUGAAACCGGGAAAGAAUAGAUAUAGGUCGAAAAUAAGACCAACACCGGCAACAGGAAACACGAUUUCAUCAUUGAUUAUAAUGUAUGUAAACUAUGACACCGAACAACGUAAGGGACGUGAUAAUAGUGAUCACAAUAAUAAUAACAACAAAAAAGGUCAGCAUUAUAUUCGAGCAUAACAGUAGUUAUAGCGAGUUACGGCUUGUUUUGUUGUUGUGAAUAGGACGGCUCUACGAAAGCGAAGAAGGUCGAUCGUUCUAGAGACGAAAAAAGCUUGACAACGACAUGACGAACUUAUACACAAAUACAGCAAAUACAUGUUCGGCUAUACACAACAAUAAAAACUUUCCCAUAAACAACACAAAACACACGAACAAUCUCAUAUGAACAAUAUUUCUAGACAGACAUCAGGAC